CCGCCAUCUUGUGUUAGGAAACCUGAAUUUCAUGUUUGGGCUCAGUGAUACAGACGUUCAGAUUUUUACCCCAAACCUAAUCGGAUAACUGUGCUCGGGCGUUUGGCCAGCUCUCAUCAUGUCUGGGCAGAGCGUGAUGGACCGUAUGACUGCGGCCAGACAUAGUAUCACAGGAUCUGGGCUGGCGAAGUCUGUGUGUAAAGCCACGACCGAGGAGCUGAUGGGGCCCAAGAAAAAGCAUUUAGAUUAUUUACUUCAGUGUACGCAUGAACCGAAUGUGAACAUUCCACAGUUGGGAGAAUUACUCAUUGAUAGAAGUAACAAUACAAGUUGGGUUAUUGUGUUUAAAGCUUUAGUAACAUCACAUCAUCUCUGUGUUUACGGUAAUGAACGAUAUUCUCAGUACUUGGCAUCAAGAAACAAUUUAUUCAACUUGUCCAAUUUUGUUGACAGAACUGCACCUCAAGGCUAUGAUAUGUCAACUUAUGUGAGGCGUUAUGCAAAAUAUCUUAAUGAGAAAUCUGUGGCUUAUAGAACGGUGGCAUUCGAUUUCUGUCGUGUGAAAAGAGGGAAAGAAGAUGGAAUUCUUCGAACAAUGGCAGCAGAGAAGCUGUUGAAGUCAUUACCAGUAAUCCAAACCCAGUUGGACGCAUUAUUAGAUUUUGAAUGUUCUUCAAAUGAAUUAACUAACGGUGUGAUCAACAGUUGUUUUCUUCUACUCUUUAAAGACAGCAUUAGACUAUUUGCCUGUUACAAUGAUGGCAUUAUCAAUCUCCUGGAACAAUAUUUUGACAUGAACAAGAAACAGUGCAAAGAAGCUCUGGACAUUUACAGAAAGUUUUUGAUCAGGAUGGAGCGCAUGUCAGAAUUCCUAAAAGUUGCUGAGCAAGUGGGGAUAGACAAAGGAGAAAUUCCAGAUCUUGCAAAGGCUCCAAGUAGUUUAUUAGAUGCAUUGGAACAGCAUUUGGCUUCUCUCGAAGGGAAGAAAUCAACUGCAGCAAGGAAUGUGAACAUAUCAUCCCAAGUUGCUUCUUCACUCACUAUGACCAGUAACUCAUUAGCCACUAUUGAAGCGGAAGAGAAAAGGAAAGCAGUUGAAGAUGAAAAACGAAGAUUAAAUCAACUCAUGGAUGAGACCCAGACUAACACUGGAAAUAAAAGUCCAUUAUUAUUGGAUUCACCUGACGAUGACGUACCAGUGGCAUUCCCUUCACUGGAUGUAAUCUCACAGUCCUUACAGGAACAGCGACUGUAUGAAGCCAAACACAGCAGUCCAGACAGUUCACCGCAGAUACAGCCAGCAACAGUGAUUACAAACAAUCAAAAUAAUCCAUUUACUUCAACCCCUCCAACACCACCACACCAGGCAGCACAGCCAGUGGUACAACCAAAAAUUCAACCAGAUCUUUUUGCUCCAGCUCCUCCAGCUGCAGUGCAAAGUACAAGACCAUCUGACGACUUGUUGGCGUUGAAUGUUAAUCCAUUUGCUGCCCCUCCUGUACAGGCAUCAGUACCAAUGGCAGCACCAGCACCAAUGGUGGCACCUGCUUUGUCAACAGCAGCACCAAAUUUAUGGGGUGUACCGAAUGCCAAUGGUUUCACAAAUAAUAACGUCCAGGCUAUAGGGGCCGAUUUUGAAAAAGCAUUUGGCAAAACGCCUGAUGCCGCUCUCAAAGAUGAUCCACUGGGGGAUAUUUUGUUGCCGAUGUCCAGCAGUGGUCAAACACAACCAGAAGUUAAACACAUUGAUUUAUUGAAUAGCGAUACUGGAGAUCUCGAUCACACACUUGCAAAUGUUGCCGCUCAUCUGGAUAUCAAUCCCACAAAACAAAAAAAAGCAGAGCAUAAUUGGACAAAGGCACAGCCAACAAAUGUGCGAACAGGGGGUGCUCACUGGUCACCUGCGCAAAGUGUUACAACAUGGCAAACCAUGCAGCCGAUGGGAGGUCAAGCAGCAGACUGGAGGGGCAAUGCAUACUCGGGACAUUUUACAACCCAGCCAAGCCCUGCAAUGCAACCCAUGAUGGGAGGAAUGGGGACCAUGCCCACAGCGGGCAUGUCAGCAGUGCCAUCGGCAUCGGUGCCUGUUGCAGGUGGAUAUACACAGUAUGGUAUGGCAGCACCUCAACCUGUACAACAGCCUAUGAAUGCAUUCGGAGUGCAGCCUACAAUGAAUCGUACAACGCAGUCUCAAGACCCAUUUGGAGGUUUGUAAAGCAUCCAAUAAUUUCUUUUAAUAUUUAUCAUACUGAAGAUGGUUAUGCCAAGAAGAACAGGAAUGUAGAGAAAAUAGAAGAAAAAUUAUAAAGAUUAAAGAAUAACUCGAACUGUGUUUAUCAAAAACAUAUGAUACUCUAUCAUGAUGUUAACAACUGAAGCAAUAUAUGCGUGGGUGUAGGUAGCCUAAAAUAUUGAAUUGAAAAAAAAAAAAUUAGAAACUUUAAAAAUAAUGAAAUUUUAUUUGAUUGGUCGUGAAGGUGUCAUACAAGGUAUAUGAAUGCAACCUUUGGCAGUAGAAU